AUGUUGUAUUUGGUCAUUGGCGGCUCUUGGCUCACGUCGCCCAGGCCCUCCCGGAUCAUUAACAUUCGAACUCCGUUGCGGCCCUGCUCCAAGCAACGUAGCAAGGAGUUUCAGGAUGACAUUCGAUGUGCUUUGGAAGAGAAGUCGGCGGAGCUGCUUAGGGUGGCUUUUCAGCGUCGACACGCCUGCCCAAGGGAUCAUGCCUUGCACGAGGCAGUCCGACAGGCCAUCCAAGCGGGAAAGGUUUUAGCUGUCAGCUAUGGUCCGGAGCGCUUGCAACAGGGUGACCUGCUUACACCAGGGUCAACUCCCCGCGGCAUCGUUAUGUUAAUCCAUGGUGGCUUUUGGAAAGCAGGUUUCGAUCGCAGCUUGAUGGUCAAGAUAGCGGAUGACCUGGUCUCGAAGAACUUUUGCGUGUGGAAUGUCGACUAUCGAUCGGUGGGUUCUGGUGGCGGCUUCCCCGAGACCUUCCGGGACCUCCACCUGGCCCUGCAGUGGCUCCGCACUCCGCAGGCCGCAGAGCUCAUUGGGGCGCCAGCGCCGUUGGCGCUGCUGGGCCACUCAGCAGGGGGGCACCUGGCUACCUGGCUGGGUUUGCAGCAGGGGCUGGAGAAGCCCAUGUUUUCCAAGGAGGUUCCUCCUGCUUCGCUGGUCAUCUCUCAAGCAGGUGUGGUUGAUCUGGUGUCAGCCUAUGAAGCGAAUCUGGGACAAGGCGCGGUGCGAGAUUUCCUGGGUUCCUCUGUUCCCUCGACAUCUUCCCAGCUGCUGGCAGCCUCCAAGGGCGCUUUUCAGGAUCUGUUACUGGGCCCCACGCAGGACGCGGCGGAGCGCUUUGCGGCGGCAGAUCCGACGCAACUGCUCGGGCAAGUGGGGAAGAUGGCCAAGCUUCCAACCUUUGUGCUGGUGCAUGGGCAGCAGGACAUGAUCGUGCCGCUGGAGCAAAGCUCCAACUUUCACAAGGCCUUUGUCAAAGCUCUGCCGGAUGCUCCGAGAUGCAUUUUGAAGGACGUACCGGGAGAGGCACAUUUUGAGCAUCUGCGACCUGAUUCACAGCUUUGGUUGGCUGCAGUGGCGGAAGCCAAUGAUCGCUGUUUGGCCUUCGACACGGGCGAGUUCCCCUUGCAACUGGCCUUGUCAACCAACAUGCUGCGGUCUCCUGAGCGUGUGCAGAUGGUGGAGAUGCUUCUGCAAGCGCGGGCAGAUGUUGGACAGCGUCGCAACGACCCGGAGGGCCAUACCCCGUUGCAUGAUGGCGUUCGUCGAGGGGAUCCAGGUGUUGUCUUACUCCUUCUGAAGCAUAGGGCUGACCCCAACGCCACCAACGCCUUUGGCGAGGCUGCCUUAGAGCUGGCGAUGCGAGGAAGUUUCUACACCGAUGUCAACGAGUCGUUCACCCUUGUGGAGGAGGGUGCUGGUGAGGGGGCUGGGCUGACUGCAAGGUUUUUGGGUGAACUUGUUUGGAAUCCACGGUUCGUAAAUGAAGGCUACUUCAAAGUGGUAGGCCAAGUGGCUGAGCAUGACGUGGCGCGGCAGACGCCGCGCCAUGCCACCACGAAGACAGUGGUCAUUUCUGGCGUGGUAGCAGCUGGUGUCGUGGCCGGUGUGGCAUAUCGAAGGAGGCUGAAGAAACGAAACUUUUUGGAGCGCUUGAAGCUUCCACUGCAGCCAUCGCUGAAGCAGGUUAUCGGAGUUUUACAUCGAGUAGAUCCGGCUCUGGGGAACCUCGCGGAGACGGUUUCGGAGGUGUGGGGCGUGCUUCAGACCGAGCUCGCCGAGCGUCGCGAUCUCGGCGAUCUCGGGGACGCCAGUCCCUCCUCGCCCCGCGGCGUGGCGCGGACGGGAACGCUGCUGCUGCAUCUCUUUGCGGUGGGGCGCUUGAAGCUGUCCCAAGGUGCCGGCUUCAACCUCCCCGCGACCUCCGUGCCGCUGAUCUCGGACCUGGCGCUGCUGUCUGAGGCGCAGACGCUGACGAAGUUCGCGGUCGCGUCCUAUGGGGCGAACGUCCUGGCGCUGGUGGGCCUUCUCCAAUUUCGUGAUGCCUGGCCACCGGCCGGGCUUGACCGAGAUAAGGCGGCAGCGGCCAGGUAUUUGCAGCAACAGGUCCCAACCAAGACCUCAGUCCUGGCUUGUGGCACAAAGAUGCCGAGAAGACAGGAGGAGGACACCAAUAAGCUGGACAGUUUUAAGCCAUGGUGGGUCCUGCUGGAACACCAAGAUGAGUUGGUCCUCUCCAUCCGUGGUUCCGCCAACAUCGACGACAUCGCCACCGACUUGGCCUGUUCCACCUGCGAAUUUCUGCACGGCUACGCCCACGAAGGGAUGGCCUUGGCGGUGCAGGCCGUAUGGGAGGAGGCCGCAGCGGAGGUGCAGAAAGCCAUCCGUGGCCGUGACUACCGGCGCUUUGUGGUUUGUGGCCAUAGCCUGGGAGGCUCUGUGAGCCUCCUCCUGGGAAUGAAGUUGCGGGCCGAGUCCUCUUUGCCUCUGGAGGUGCACGCCUUCGCGGCUGGCCCGGCGCCAGCCUUCCAGGGCGAGUUGCAGGAACUGGAGAAGGGCUUGAUCUCGGUGAUCAACAGGUUUGAUCCCGUCCCACACCUCUCCCUGGAUGCGGCGCUACGCAUGGUCUUGGCCGCGGAGCGUUUGGAGGAAGCGGGGCUAUCUUGGCAACAGACGUUAUCGUUGGUGGUUGGCACCAGCGAAGUCUCGAGUCCCAAGUUCGAGGACUUGAUGGCAGACAUUCCUCAGACCAAGGCGCCCCUGCGCAUCCCCGGGGAAGCCAUUUGGCUGGUGGACGCCAUGGCCGGGCGCCAGAUCCUGGCGGUCGACCUCUGCGACGCGGAGAACCUGCAACGCUUCAGCCAGGAACUGCCGGAGAUUUCUGUGGCGCAGUCGGCCUUGGACCAUGUGAUGUCCACCUAUGUGUACAACAUGGACAAGGCAGUGAGACGUUUGGAGGGGACGGAGUGA